CCCCCCCCCCUGUGUGUCCUGCAGCAGCAGCAGAACCUGUCGCGGCCGAUGCUGAGCAUGGGCCUCCAGGACAUGGGCUUCAGCUUCGACGACGAUGAGCUGGACACCACCAGCAAGCUCUCGUCAGAGGACAGUGGUGAGAUGGGCUCCCUCAUGGAGGACAGUGAUGACUCGUACUCCCUAGAGCUGGGGGACAUGGAGCCAGCGCCUGGGGGCCGCAUGACCCUACUGGAGGAGAUCAUGGACUCGCUGAGCUCCAGCAAGGUGAUGGACCAGGGCCGUCUCAGCGCCGCCAAGAGCCUGGACUUCCUCCGGUCCACCGAGGACGUGGGCUACGCUGGUCCAAACAUGUCUUCAGCUCCUUCUGACCCCAAAGCGGGCGGCGGCGGCGGCGGCGGCGGCGUCUCCGUCUCCGGGGGCGACGGCGGGGGGGCGGACGCGGGGGCGUGGCACCUGGGCCAGGACGACAGCGUCCUGCACGGGAAGCACCUGCCCCCCUCCCCCCGCCGCCACCCCAACAAGAGCAGCCUGCGGGGCCUCAACCGGCGGCCCCCCGUGGCCCCGCCCACCCGGCCCGUCACCAUGAUGUUCCCGGGCGUCGCGGCCGCCCCCCCGGGGAGCCCCGCCGCCACGCCGCCCACCCCGCGGUUCAACCCGUCCCGAGUCCGCCCCGGGGGUCCGCCCCCCCCCAUCCCGACCAAGACCCCCGUGUCGCCCCAGCCCCCCACGCGGAACCCGGGGUCCCGGCCGGACCCGGAGGCCCCGAGGACGACCCCCCUGAAGCAGGGGACCGGGGGCCGGGGGGCCGGCCCGGGCGAGGCUCUGGUCCCCUGGGAGAGGGAGCCAGGCGAGCGGGGGGCUGCGGAGGCCCGGGGCCCGGUGGGCGGGGUCCGGGGGGAGGAGCCCCGGGAGGAACGCGGGCUCCUGGAGGCGAUAGAUUCCACCCUGAAGAACAGCCCCCAGCUGCCCCGGCUCCAGCUCAGCCGCGGUACAAACAACCUCGCCGGCGCCCAGCGCGAGCGCAGCAAGUUCUGAGAGGGUCGCCCCCCCCCCCCCUCCCCCCCUCUGUGUAAAGUCCCAGCGUUUCUACGGCUACGGCGACUGCUACUAACCGCGGCCAUGUAACGGCCAUCUUAAAAGACGAUCCAUACUAACCAUCCUAACCCGGACGUUAUCAAAGGUACCUCAUGUUUCAGGUUUGAAUAUGCAUUGCGUAGAUAUACUGUAGGAUUUAAGAAGGGACGCCCACCUCGACAGCACGUCUGUGGAGCCAGUAUUUAACCCCUCACCCCCCCCCCAAUGUGUCCCCGACAUUUCACCAGACUUUGCACUCGUAGAUCAGGGAGGUACGACAGGUCAACGACGCGCGGUACUGACGUUUAGGCUACAAACGACGUCUGGGUUGUUAACGUAACCGUGGUUUACCGAGAAGGGCUCCCCGAUCUAAUGUUUGAAGGUCUGUCGAUCAUUACCGGAUAAAGUUAUCGACGCGAGAGACACAAGAGUCCGUCACAGAUUGUUUAGAAGCGGCCUCUCUUCUGCCACCAGUAGUUCACACUGUGUCCCGCUGGGAAACCAAGCCUUAUACCGCGCUGUGAAUCGUCUGACGCUGUGUCUCACUACUCUUUAACGGGUACCGUGUUAACGGAAACGACAGACACGGCCGUCCUUUAACAUCGCCUCCUGGGGUUAAUAGAGUAGUUUAAUAUGUAACCAACCUUCACUGGAGUCUGAUAUAUGCAUACACUGAGCUACAUUCACAAUGGGCUCCGCUCGGUUCUGUUACAGAAUACGAACAUUCAGUUGCUACUUUUUAUAAAAAUAUUAAAAAAUGCAAUAACGGCUCACUGUUAAAUCACAGGAGUGCAAUAGGAGUAUAAAGUCGUUUAUACUAAUUAAUAAUCUUCAAAUAUAUCCAACACCAGAGGCCAUUUCCCUUCGGCCAUUCUGAGGCUGAGGCUCAAACCAAAUUAACCUUCAUCUCAUUCCUCUCUGUUCAGACCCCAACAGGUCAGAGAUUUCAUCUGUUUAGAGUGUAUCCCCCCCCCCCCCCCCACCCACCCACCCUCACGGGGGGCAGAAGGUGGGGGUAAAGGGUUGGGGGUUCUUUCGCGGCUUUCUCCAGAUUAUGUUCCGGUCGUAAUCCGAUGCGGAGCGUGGCGAUUGCACUGUAAACCGAGCAAUACGUUUGUCGUUUUAAGAGUAGCUGUAUGCCCGUAAAAAAGUGAAGCUAAAAUGAAUUCUCCCAUGGAGAGAAUGCUGCAUUGUGGGGGAUUCCCCCCCCCCCCCCCCCCCCCCCCCCCC